AAUGCUCAGAGCGGUUUGGCGCGGUGUGUAGACAGGCGGCUGACGGCAGUUGGACAGGAACGGAGGAGGUCACAACCGGCGACUUUUUUGUUUGUUUACAUUUCCGCUUGGAUAAAAGUCCCGGGACACAUUGGUGGAUUUAUUAAAAGAUUGUUUCUUCGGUUUAACGUUUUCCUCCAGCCGUCUAUCGAAGCUUGCCCCUGUGCAGGCGGACGGAAACACCUUGAAAAAUGCCUCCCAUCGAAAAUGACACCGGGAAGAAUGAUCUGAAAUCCCAGAUUCAGCUGCUGAUCGACUCCAACCAAGUGAUGGUUUUCAGUAAGAGCUACUGCCCGUAUUGUGUGACGGUGAAAGACUUGUUCAAAGAGCUGAAACUCGAGUUUAAUGCGGUGGAGUUGGAUCUUAUAGAGGAUGGAACCAACUUCCAGGAUAUGCUGCUCGAGAUGACCGGACAGAAAAGUGUUCCCAACGUCUUCAUCAACAAGACGCACGUGGGCGGCUGCGACAAAACAUUGCAGGCUCAUAAAGACGGCAGCCUGCAGCAGCUCCUGUGUGCAGAGACUGAAGCGUACGACUACGACCUGAUCGUCAUCGGGGGGGGGUCUGGAGGCCUGGCCUGCUCUAAGGAAGCUGCUGCCUUGGGGAAGAAGGCCAUUGUGCUGGACUAUGUGGUGCCCACUCCAAAGGGAACCACCUGGGGUCUGGGGGGAACCUGUGUGAACGUGGGCUGCAUCCCCAAGAAGCUGAUGCAUCAGACGGCCAUGUUGGGAACCGCCAUUCAGGACGCACGCAAGUUCGGCUGGGAGAUCGACGAGAAAGGUGAGGCCUCAGAGCAGCAGAGACCCCGGAGGUCACGCAGGGGCGACAUCGGACCGGUCUGCCGCGUGAAACACAACUGGGACACGAUGAAGGAAGCGGUGAGCAACUACAUCGGCUCCUUGAACUGGGGCUACAGAGUGGCUCUGAGGGACAAGAACGUCAACUACGUCAACGCCUACGCAGAGUUCAUCGAACCUCACAAAGUCAAGGUAAAGUGGGAGGAGCCACCAUGCUGUGGCAGCCUGU